CGCUAGUUUGGAUUUUCUGUAUUUCCUUCAUUUUCAUUUGAUUGAAAAGAAAAUUUAAUUUCAUAACGUGAAAUUUGGCCUAACUUCUGUGCACAGAAACUAAAUUAAAUUAAUUUAAAUUUAUUAAAUUUUAGUUGAAUAUUUGGCCUUCGGGUGGAAAAAAGUAAAAUUUUCUUCUUCCCAUCGCAUAACGCAGUAAAAAAAACUAAUCAACAUUAGUUCGUUCAAAAAACCAGCUACGCGCGGUGCGCGCCGACUGCGGCAUGUUCCAUCCAGCAUUUCUCAUAGCCUGGCGCGAAUCAAUUUACUUAAGAGUCGAAUGCGUUCCUUGAACAUCAGUGAGCGCAAGAAGGAUUAUGUGGCGCAUCGGUUGCGCGUGAAAAAUGCCAAGAGUGUGGUGAACAGCCAACCGCCGAGCCGUGUUGCAAGUCGACCACAACGUGAAAUGACAUUCACUGAGAUGUUGAACUCGGUACGCACAGCCAUUCAGCGCAGCAGUAAUACGCGUACCUUCACCAAUACACCAGUCUCGAUGGCACCAUCGGCCACCGGUACUACUUUGACCACUGCCUCAACCACAUCACCACGCCGACUGGCCAAAUCGCGCAUAAAACUAAUGAAAAGCGAUGCGCUUUCGAUUGGUGGCCGCGAGAAAUCGACGAUGCUGCUAUACGACUGCAAUUCAUGUGGCUCUACUGGUUGCUGCUGCACAUGUGGCGACGCUGGCGAUGGGCGGCACACUGUGGAAUCACGCGUUGAUAUACACGAGAAGUUCAAACGCAAGAUGGGAUCCGAUAAAGGAAGCGGUGAUUAUAAUAGGAAUUCUUGCACAAAUGGAUCGAUAUAUAAGGGUGGUGGGGGUUUCAAUGGCAACACUGGCUGUACUGCUCAUACCAAGGAAACGCAAUUGGCGAACGAUGUGGAAGUAGUGCAGCCAUCGUCUGCCGAGAAACGCGCAGCUUACCAGCAUGCACGCCUAUCGAUGCCUUUGCGCUCAUUCUGGCAUCGCAUCACCCGCAAGGAGUGGAACAAUGACACGCGUGUGCCACAAAAACCUCAUCGUGUCGCCGCCGAAAUGAGUAAGUCUCAUCGUAGGCGCUGCACUCAGCCCUUGACAUCAACGGACGCAUUUCAUGGCAAUGGUAGUCCAUCACUUAAGCGCACAACAAAUGCAACCCAAGAUGUGGUGAUACAUUGUGGCAUUCCGCAGCAUGUGAUAAAACGUUAUCAGGAUCUAACUGUAUCUAGCGAUGAGCCAAUGUUGCGUCGCCUGUUGCGUCCGCGCGUCUUCUUCGAUCUUGAAGUGAAGGGCCUACGCCCGUUGGGUCGCAUCGUUAUACAGCUCUUUACGGAGGCCUGCCCGGAAGUGGUACUGGAAUUUGUGCGCAUGUGCACUGCGGAGAAUAGUGAGCGAAUGAGCUUUACGCGUCUCUUUCCGCCGCUGUGGUUGGAGGGCGAACUGGCGUUGACUGACAACAAAACACUGACGGCGCCCAACAUCGAACACGACACGAAUGUGUUGGAUCAUGGCUGCGGUGCGGGUGUGCUCUCGUUCCCUAGCCGCUAUGUGCGUGGCAGUAAGCGCCGCUUUCUCAGCUUUUCCAUUAGCUUCAAACCGCUGCAGGUGUUGAAUGGCAAGCGUAUCGCAUUUGGACGUGUGAGACGUGGCUUUUGGAUACUUGACACCGUGCAGGAUUAUGGCACCAAUAGCGGCAAGCCACAGCGAGAUAUAAUCGUAACGAGCUGUGGCAUGUGUAAAUAGCUGAGUCAAAGUGUGGGCA